AUUCAGUUUAAUCUUCGAAGGUUAAGUUUCUACUUUCAACAAACUUCAUCCGAUCUAGGGUUCCCUCGAACUAACCUAUUCCAGAAAAAAUGGACAAGUCGAAGCUAGCUCAACUGGGGGAGAGGCUGAAAACGGGUGGGGCACAGAUGGGUCGAAUAGUGAGUGGGAAAAUGAAGGAGAUAUUGCAGAGUCCAACACCCGAAUCGAAGAUGGUGGACGAGGCAACGCUUGAGACUAUGGAGGAACCAAACUGGGGCAUGAAUUUGAGGAUAUGUGGGAUGAUCAACAGUGAGGAGUUUAAUGGGACUGAGGUUGUGAAAGCCAUUAAGAGGAAGAUCACACACAAGAGCCCCGUUGUUCAGAGGCUCAGCCUUGACUUGUUGGAAGCUUGUGCCAUGAAUUGUGAAAAGGUGUUUUCUGAAGUGGCUUCUGAGAAGCUGCUUGAUGAUAUGGUUCGAUUGAUUGAUAAUCCUCAAGCUGAUCCUCACAAUCGAAGAAGGGCUUCUCAGUUGAUCAGGGCUUGGGGUGAGUCCGAGGAUCUUGCCUAUCUUCCCGUGUUUCGUCAAACCUAUAUGAGUUUGAAAGGAAGAGAUGAACCUCAAGACUUGGCAGGAGGAAAUUCACCACCUGUUCCGUAUGCCUUGGAGUCAUAUAUGCAUCAACAGCCUGUAGAUCCCCCCGAAAGAUACCCUAUUCCUGAAGCAGGACUAUAUGCUGUGGAUGACUCAGCAACUUUCUCUUCUAAUCACCAACACGUAUCAAUUGAAGAGAAGAAAGAGCAUCUUGUGGUUGCUCGAAACAGUCUUGAAUUACUCUCUAGCAUAUUAAACUCUGAGGCAGAGCCAAAACCUUUAAAGGAAGAUUUAACUGUCAGCUUGUUGGAUAAGUGCCAGCAAUCACUCUCUGUCAUCAAGGGGAUUGUGGAAAGCACCACGGACGAUGAAGUGACACUUUUUGAGGCUUUAUAUCUUAAUGAUGAGCUGCAACAAGUAGUUUCCAAAUAUGAGGAGUUGGAAGCUGCUCAAAUAUCUGGGGCACAACAGCAACAAAAUGCGGACCCUGCGAAGCAUGAUGCGGAAGCUGUUCAAAAUCCCAAUGAACUACCUGAAAGAUUUGAAGGUGAUGAAUGUGAAGAGUCUGAAGCUACUCAGAGUCUUGAUGGAAAGCCACCCCAAAAAUCUAACACUCUGGAAGUCAAUGCAACCGAGGUGGAUGGUCAUGUUGAAACCAAAAUUCUGGAUAGCACAAAAGAGAAGAAUGCCGAGUCUAGCUUCAAGAGAAAUACUGAAUGAGGAAAGAAAGGUGGCAUGUUUCUUCUAGCAUUAUAUUCUGUCUUUGUCCAUAUCUUGUAAUAACCUAUGGUUCCUUCUGUGAUUGCCCGAAUAUGUAAUUGGCAGGAGUUUCAUCCUGGAGGUUGUGAUAUUUAAUCCUUGUGAAUUGUGAGAUCAUGUUAGUUCCUCAUAAUGUUAAUUUGGUUCGUUCCUAUACAUUCAUGCCCUCAUUUUGAUUGUGAGGCCUAUAGUUGGUACUUGGGAGUAUGGAGACAACAGAUCACACAUGUAAGCAAGCAACUAUGUUCUCCGAUAGUUGAGCAAACUUUGGAUGUUCAAUGCCUGUCAAUUUUUUAUGUUUGAUGCGCCCUACUUAGUGCAUUAGCUGUUACUUGAUCUGUGAUUUGAAGUAGGCACAAAGGGACAGGGAUUCUUUCCUUUUCUUCAGGAAGAAGUUUAUUGUGGAUCCUGUGCAGUUGUGUCGUGUCUUUUUUUUUUUUUUUUAAAAAAAAAAGUGAUCCGAGGCAUGUUUUUAAAAGAAAAAAUUAUUCUAGUUCGACACACUUCUGUUGGGGAAAUGUAUAGGAUUU